GUUAUUCGAAAUUAUCUCUUGUGUGGACCGAUGAGAUUUUUAGUAGUCCGAAGAAUAUAAAACGCAACACAAACGUUUCCUUUCAAAUUUAUUUCAACUCUUAAUUUCUUUUACUUCUGUGGCGAUUGCAUCGCCGCAGACCCAGAAAUUAGAAAGACGCGACUCAACGUAUCAUGAUACACAUAUACACGCACAUAUACAUACGCGUACAUACGGGUACAGAGACAACAACUGAAGAAGGUAGACAACACGCGAGACGGAAAACGAGAAAACAAUAAUAGAGGAAGCCGUUACAGACAACCGUCGUAAUUUAUUAAAAUCAAGUAAAAGUUGUAUUUUGCUAUACGGAUUGCGCCGAUGCACAUGCACGUCAUAUUUAAAACCGCGAGUCAAAGUUUAGAGACAGUUAAGCGUAGCCCGCGGAAUGGAUAGGAGAGCGAAAGGUUUUCUCUCGGGAAGAUUUUGAAGUCUUCGAGAGAUUUCCAGGAGGACACAGAAGUCGAGACUGGCGAGCAAACAAGCAGAAAUUCAUUCGACCGGUAUAUCUCAGCGAGAGCGGGCGCGUUCAACGGGUGUAUUCGGAAUUGAGAUUUACAAUAAAUUUCGGACGGACUCUCAACGCAAAAUUAACAUUUUCUUCUUUUGUUACACCCGGACACAUUAUUCUCCUGACACACAAAACACAGAUAACCAAACUUCAAAUAGAUACGAUAAAAGUACAAGCUAUUUCUUUAAAUAAUGCGCGAUUUAAUCGCAAGUAAACCAUUUACAUUAGAUUAAACUCGCGACACCGCGAUUAAAGCCGCUUGUUGCAAACACUGAUCUGGAAGCUACAAAGUGACAAGGAGAUAUGCGACUUAAAUGUAAUAUCUGUUUCGCCACGUAUUAAUUCGCAUUAGUUUCUACUUUGUUUCUAGUUACCUGUUAAUUUUACGAGUGAGACAUACACGUUUGUGUGUGAUAAUGGUGAGAAUAAUGAUGGUAAAAGUGUUAAUGUUCCUUCUAUUCACAAACGAGGUGCUACAUAUUUUUGGAAGAUUGACCGUAAUACGUGUAGCGCAAUCUCAGACAGAGAGAAAAUUGACUUGUGUCUCCGAGGAUGACGGCGCAGCUCUUGUGUGGAACGAUGAGAUAUCAGAAACAUCAAUUAGGGAAUCGAACCCAAUGCGGUUUCACGAUGUAGAUGAAAGGCAAUCAGAUAAAGACAGUAUAGAUUGCAAAAUGGACGAAAACGAUGAUUGUUUGCAAUUCUGGAUUAGAGAAAACUGGAAUUUUAUAAAUUCCUUUAAAACACCAUUGGGUCCGGUAUUUGAUCGACGAUGGGAAGAUUUUCAGGAAUAUGAAAACUUUAACAUGGAAUAUGAUCAUGUACUAUUAGAAAAUACAACAGCGUUUUCCUUUUCGGUUCGUGGAUUGUCUAGCGAUUUGCAAAUAAUAUUUUGCAAUGGUGACGAUUAUACGAGAGAUUUUUGUUAUUGGAUCAUAAUAGGCGGUUGGGGCAAUAAGCGAUCCGUUGUACGCAGGUGCCCAAUAGGAGUGCCCAAACCUAGAAUGGAGGCUCAGGACGAGGAGUGCAGGACAGAUAAAGCUCCCUUCUCUGUGAGACAUAAUACAUAACAUAAUACAUUACAUUUUCCCUUUAAGCGUUUCUAAAGCCAUUGUCUAUUUAUGCAUAAAAGAUCAAAGACAUUUAAAAUCAUAUUUUGGAAGA